CUAUAUCGUAUAUAUACCGGAGGAGUCACGUGACCAGAUCGUCACUAAGGACGCAUAUAGGAUUGAGCAUUACGUGGAGUGGACAUGAGGACGUAAAUAUAUAUACACAACAGUAUUGGGAUUUAUAAUGGUCGUCCACAAGGGAUCCACGGCCCUGGCCCCGGUACUGGAGGGGAGGGACAGGACCAGCUCCACCCUGUCUGGACAGAAAAGGGUCUCCGUGAAGCUCACUCCAGAAAAGGGACCGAUUCCAACAACGUUGAAACACCCGUGGAAGGACCGGAAGGUACUUAGUGAAGAUUAUGACGGACCUAUCAGUGGCCGUGAGGGAUGGUGGCGUACAUACAUCCGGGAAACACCCCUUCCCGGUUCGUACGAGACCGAGGACUUUUUGGUAGACUUGGAUAAGCGUCCCCACACCUACAGAUUUAAGUCGGACGGUCGGAAAGUGGACCCCCACCCCCAUGGGAAGGGCGCCGUGCUUCUACCUGGUGCAUACGAGAUACAACCCUUCACUAAAAGGCUGGAACAAUUGCCAGCGACUUACAAUUUUAAGUCAAUAGACAGAGGACAGCGGGGCUUUAAUUUCGGACGGAAAGACAAGGACAUCAACGUUAGUCCGAACGCCUAUGACAUGGAUAAGUACCUAACCUUAGCUGUUGAUAAACAGCCCUCAAAACAUUCGAUGUUCAAAUCACAAUCGAGGCGAUUCCCAACGAUGCCUUUUAAACCCAGAACAGGUCCCGGGCCGGGUAACUAUGAAUAUGCUCCAGAACUGCCCCUCCACCCAGUGUCAUCGAGCUUUAAGUCAAAAACUCCACGAUUCUCAAGUUCACACACGAUUUCACCAGGAAGUGCUGUAUAUAGAGUACCAGGGCCUGGAUCAUACGCCAAGACACAUCAGUUCCCAAUGAACAAGAACAUUUCAAAUAUGGGAAGACAACACGGCCUUUUCUUCACCAGUGCCUUCCAAGCCUAAACACAGAGUCAAGAUCAUUCGUGUUCACGUUCCGUGAUUCAAGAACAAUAUAUAUAUAUUUAAAAUGUGGGCAUAAAAGUGCCAGACUCGAAUGUGGAAAGUUUCAUCGCUUUAAUGACACGUUAAGAAAAUGUCUAAGUCAAUAAUAUUGUAAAAUUGUAAUUAAACUGUUAUGAAAGUAAAUAUGUCCUGCGAUUCACAGUGAUACUUUCAGAUUAUUAUUUAUUAAACAAAAAAUGCUCUUAUUUUUCAUAUAUAUAUAAAUAUAUAUAUAUAUUUUCUUCAAAAAUUCAAAUCUAAACAAUUGUCUUAACGUUUCAUCAAAUUAACGAGAUGGACACAUGCAAGUUUUGGUCAUUUCGAACCUCAGCGUUUUGCCCAUAGGUUUAUCACUACAGCUGUUUCUCUAUGCGGUCAAAUCGUGCAGACCGGGAACAAAACGCUGAGUCGUACUUUCUGAUGUCGACAUUGGACGGUAUUAUCCAGAAGGAACAUUAACCGACCUUUAAGACUCAUUAAGUUGUUUACACAUUAUUUGUUUUACAACUCAUGCUUAUUCGUUUCCAUAUGCGGUAGCUAUACACUAAAAAAACAUGCGUGAUAUAAAUCACGUGGACAAACAGAGUUGUUAGGGGCUUUGAGUGACAAUGGGAUAGCCACUCUUGUCAUAGAGACAAACGUUAUUUUAUGAGCACAGUUAUAUGUUAUCAAUCCGGGAUACAGUUAGAUUUAUUGCGAUGGAGUAUGACAAAAAGGGCACAUUGAGCCAGCACUAUUUAUUCUACAAUUGACGACAAUCUAGUCCUAUUUAUUUUGCACGUUUCUGGUAUUACUGGUAGUUGGGUAGCCUUUUAUCACGUGUAUAGUUGAUAGUCUAGCUUAAAAACAAUUGCAAUCACAUAGGCUUGAGAAUACACACACUCACACAUAUAAAUAUAUUCAAAAGCUGGACCAAUGAUAACAGAAACAUUUUUUUCUUAAAUUUGGCACGACUCCUUCGAUACCCAUGAUAAAGACAAUGCACCCCUAUUUCUGAUACUAUUCGAUCUCCAUAUUUAUAGCAAUUUAAUUUAGUUUUCUCCUUUUAUAUAAAAUGCGAAAAUAUUAUUCUCAAAACCAUGUGGUUAGAACGCAAUCAAUGUAAUUUCACAAUCCGCUUAUUACUGCAUAGGUGAAAAAAAUAUUUUAGAAAUACAUUUAUCGAUCGAUCAAGUCAUUACGAAACUAUAUUAUCAGUUAAACUCUGUUGAAAAUGGUCAUAAAUGUUUUUGGAUCAUGAUUUCAGAUAUGAAGAAAGCAUGUGGUCCGUGCGCGGUUUAUAUUUGUUACUUAUCAGUAUUAAGUUAUUCUCGAGCAAUUCUAUUUAUAUCAUUAACUGAUCGGUUUCAGGUUGUAUAUAUAUGUAUAUUUGUAGACUAUUAUGUCUUUGUUUUUGUGUGCUCAAGUUUGACUACAUAAAGGUCAUGUGUUUUUUUUAUCAGAUUAAAGUAUAUUUUAUAUCAUC